CCCCUGGCCCCGGACUCGGCUCCGACGCCGGCCUCGACUCCAGCCCCAGCCCCUGCCCCGGCCCAGGUUCCGGCCCUAUCCCCGUCCCUAGCCUCUGCCCCUGAGGAGGCCGAAAGCAAUGGUCUAACUAGUUCUUUGAAGUCAGUCUUGACUAGGCCAGAUGAAGAUGGCCUAUCUGGAAUAGAAUUGAAAAUUGAGGAAAAAGUAACAGAAGAAACUACUAAAGUACCUACUAGCAUCUUGGACUCACCUGAUUUAAUAAGAGAAAGACACAUCUCAAUUCAAAGGCAGCUUGCUGACCUUGAGAAGUUAGCUUUUGUAAAUGAAGAGGAUUUUGACCUUACCAGUUCAUUGAAUUCAGACAAUCUUGAUACAGGAAACAAACAGGCUUGUCCAUUGUGCCCUAAAGAAAAAUUCCGAGCUUGUAAUAGCCAUAAGCUUCGUCGUCACCUUCAAAAUUUACACUGGAAAGUCUCAGUUGAAUUUGAAGGUUAUAGAAUGUGCAUCUGUCACUUACCUUGUCUCCCAGUGAAACCAAACAUUAUUGGAGAACAGAUAUCCAGUAAAAUGGGCGCCCAUUAUCAUUGUAUUAUUUGUUCAGCAACAAUCACCAGAAGGACUGAUAUGCUAGGACAUGUUAGGCGCCAUGUGAAUAAAGGAGAGACCAAAUCCAGGUAUAUUGCUGCUUCUACUACUAAACCAGCUAAUGAAAUUUUGAAAGAGGCAGACACGGAUGUACAAGUUUGUCCUAACUAUUCUAUACCUCAAAAAACAGAUUCAUAUUUUAAUCCCAAAAUGAAACUAAAUCGGCAGCUAAUAUUCUGCACAUUGGCUGCUUUAGCUGAGGAACGAAAACCUUUGGAAUGUCUAGAUGCCUUUGGAGCCACUGGGAUAAUGGGAUUACAGUGGGCAAAGCAUCUUGGAAAUGCAGUCAAAGUUACAAUUAAUGACUUGAAUGAAAACUCUGUGACAUUGAUUCAGGAAAACUGCCAUUUAAACAAAUUGAAAGUGGUAGUGGACGGCAAGGAUAAGGAAGAGAGUGAUGAUACUGUGGGAGGAGAAGAAAGCCUCGGCAAUAUUAAGGUGACCAAAAUGGAUGCCAAUGUACUGAUGCACUUGAGGUCUUUUGAUUUCAUACACCUAGACCCUUUUGGAACAUCAGUGAACUAUCUAGACUCUGCAUUCAGAAAUAUAAGAAAUCUGGGUAUAGUGUCGGUGACUUCUACAGACAUCAGUUCCCUCUAUGCCAAGGCACAGCAUGUGGCCCGACGUCACUAUGGCUGUAACAUUGUCCGGACCGAAUACUACCUAGCCGCCAGGAUUGUGGCAGCCGCAGUGGCAAGAGCUGCAGCCCGAUGCAACAAAGGCAUAGAAGUCCUGUUCGCGGUGGCCCUGGAGCACUUCGUGUUGGUAGUUGUGAGGGUGCUGAGGGGGCCUUCUUCAGCAGAUGAGACAGCCAAGAAGAUUCAGUACCUGAUCCACUGUCAGUGGUGUGAAGAGAGAAUUUUUCAGAAGGAUGGUAACAUGGUAGAAGAAAACCCAUACAAACAGCUGCCAUGUAACUGUCAUGGAAACAUGCCUGGAAAGACAGCAAUAGAACUUGGUCCUCUGUGGUCAAGUUCUCUUUUCAAUACUGGAUUUCUCAAAAGAAUGUUAUUUGAAUCUCUUCACCAUGGCUUGGAGGACAUUCAAACCCUAAUAAAAACAUUAAUCUUUGAAUCAGAAUGUACUCCUCAAAGUCAGUUUUCAGUUCAUGCAUCUUCUGGUCUCAACAAGCAAGAAGAAAAUGGUGUAUUUAUUAAAACUACAGAUGAUGCCACAACAGAUAAUUAUACUGCACAAGGAAAGAGAAAAAGUAAUGAAACAAUCACAAAUCUAGCCAAGAAGCAGAAGAGUGAUGUCAGUUCUGAACACCCUCCCUUUUAUUACAACAUCCAUAGACACAGCAUUAAAGGAAUGAAUAUGCCAAAGUUAAAAAAGUUUCUGUGCUAUCUUUCUCAAGCAGGCUUUCGAGUCAGCCGAACUCAUUUUGACCCCAUGGGUGUCCGUACAGAUGCACCGCUAAUGCAGUUUAAAGCCAUCCUUUUAAAGUACAGCACCCCCACCUACACUGGGGGACAGUCGGAGGGCCACGUGCAGGCAGCACCCGAAGAUACAGGAGCUGACAGGGUAAAUGUCAGUGACCACAGAGCGGAAGCGAGCAGCUGCGGGAGGUGGGCAAUGCCGAGUUCAUUCCCAGGUGUCUGCAGAGAUGGCCUGAUUGUUCCAUGUGCCACCGGUGGUGUUUUUUCUGUUCCUUCAAUUCAUUGGUAUAAAAAUAAUAAAAACUAGUGCUGUUUCGUUUACACAAUUAGCUGUUUCUAACUUAGCUGCUUUGAGAGCUUUGCUUUCCAAAUUUUCCUUAUUUUUAAGAAAAUUUCAAAUGUUAAUGGGAGCGUUUCAAUAUGAUGCCAAGUUUCUGACUGAGGUCGCCCUUUUGUCUAAUAAUUCGGAAAUCUCUGACAUAUGAAGUGUUUGGAACUUCAUGCACAUUAUGGAGGCUUUCCUUUACUGUUCUUAAUCAUAUCUCUACUAUGCUUCAUGAUGCCUAUGUUUUUCUGUCUAGCAUACAAAAUGAGGCUGACACCUUUUACAUAGUAAAGGAAUCCUGAAUUGAAUAGGAAGAAUGAUGUUCUUCCAAGUCACUAGUGGU